AUCAAACGUCAAAUCCAAUUUGUAAAUAAACAAAUAAGAGCAAUUGAGUUGGAGCAUUUUCUUAUCAAUUAUUUACAAAAAUAAUGCAACAGACUUGAAAAUACCUCAAAAAUGCAAGUUAGCACUAAUGACUACUACGAGGACAGUGGCCGAGAGGGGCAAAUACGUUGCAUUUUUCUCAGCGAGUUCCAUGCGACGGCAGGGUGCAAAAUUAGCUGCCAAGUACCAGCUGAUUAUGUCAGCAAGGAAGUGUUUGAUGCCAUAAAUGUUUAUAUUAUCCCGAAGCCGCAUCUGCAACGUUGCAUACUCACAGUGAAUGCGUUGGAUAUAAAAGUCGUCGGCUAUCCAGUGGGCAUUGAGAAUCAACAGAAGUAUGCACGUAAUGCAUUCCUAUUUAAUUUGUGCUUUGUUUGCGAUUCAUGGGCACGUUCGGUGCAGUAUGAGCCGGUGGUCAAGAAAUUGUCGGAAUAUUUGAUAAUGAUGGAAGAAGAGUCAUGCUUUCUAUCGAAAGAGGGCGACCACAAGUUGAAAUUACAAAAAAUCUUUGAAACUGUAAUCAAGGAUUUGAAUGAGAAAAAAGUUACUACUAUUGUGGAGGGCGACACCACUAUUUACUUAAAAAUUGUUAUACAUAAACCUGAUCCACCUGUUGUUAAAGAUCACAUGGUGCCUUUACUAUUGGUCGACUUCAAAAAUACGCCUUUAGACAAGUGGGAUUUGACCACUCAACAGAUUUUUCCAUACAUUAAUGGCAUCAAUCAUAUUGCGCGCAUUGCUGCCGAGGCUGACGUCGAAACCAAUCUCGUAAAGUCGUGCAUACAGAAUUUAGCUUACUACGGUGUCGUACAUCUACUGCCCAUACUUAAAUAUAGCAACGUGUACAUGUGCACACAACACUUGAAGAGUUUAAUCAAGAUGCCCUCACUGAGUCAAGCAUGUCGCAAAUAUGUCGCGCUAAAUUCCGAUAAGACUCAUCCAUCUAUACAGAAAGUCUUCCAAUUUUAUGCGUCCAUGACGCACGGUGUGACGCUGCGCGCCAUUUGUCAGCGUUUAUGUCCACAAAAUUACAAUAUCGAUGAGCGAAAAUUGGUUAUAUUCGGUUUACAGCAUAAAUUCAUACGCUGCAUUCACAAAUAUCCCGUCUUUACUGGUUCCGUGCCCUCCGGCAGGCAAAAAAUGUAUACUGGGCUUUCUAGUUUUGAUGAGAUUUGCUGUAAAACCGGUCUAUCGCCGUUAGAUAUUGAAAGAGACAUCGAUAAGGAUACAAAUGUAACGGUGAUAUGGAAAUAAAUGGCUGAAAUUUUUGGAUUUUGUUAAUAAUAAAUAUGUAAUGUACUAAAACUGA